AUGCUAGAUCAAACAACAUUGUUUUCGGCUUCUACGGUACAUUUAGAGCAUAUAACAACUGCGCUGAGCUGUUUAACUCCUUUUGGAAUCAAAGAUGAUGUGCUUAUAAUAAUCGACAAAGACGGGUUGUCAUUUGCCCGACAGAACAAUAAGGUUAUCAGUAUCCAGCUCUACUUGUCUGCCGAACUUUUCAUCUCAUACAACUACAAUCCACCAAAUAAUGAUCCUGACGCCCACCACAAGGUAUGUGUCAAAAUCCAUCAUAUUCUUGACAGCAUAAGCGUAGCGAGUCGUGACAAGGAUGACGUUGUUGAAUGCACUCUAUCGUACAAUGGCGAAGGGUCGCCUUUCGUGCUCAUUUUUGAAGACUCAGUGAUAACUGAGAAAGUGGAAUACUCUACGUAUUUGGUCAAGGAAUGGGACUCAGUGGGACUCGAGCUACAACCGGAUGCGAUUACAUUGGAGUGUAUUAUGCGUGGCGAUGUGCUCUAUAACGCUCUCCAGGACAUGAAAGAAAUAGGGUGCAAAGAAUGCUAUCUGUACGCCAUCGCCAAAACGGGUGGGAAGAACACGUUUGCGCUAGUGUCCCGGGGCCAGCUAGGGCUGUCCAAAAUUCUUCUGCCGAGCGAAAAGUCGAUUUUGAAAAAGCUCGAGAUAUUCGACCCGGUGUCCUUCGAAAAGACGUUUGACCUCCCAGUCAUUGGCGUGUUUGACUUCACAUCUUUUGACAAGAUCAGAUCCAGCGCUCGCAUCGCUAGCAAGGUUUUGCUACGAAAAGACGUGCAUGGACUAAUGAACGUCAAUAUACUAAGUCAAACCGACGAUCUCAUUCUGGGCGAGGUAAAGAGAUCGCGAACGGCACCAAAAGUUGGUACGAUGCCACUUUCAAGAGAUUACCCAGGAAUUGUGAUCGAUGUAGCCAUCUUAGAAAAAGCACGUUUGGAUGAGGCCGACGUGUCUGAGAUGCGUCUGUUAAUGGAAAGCAGUGAACAGAUACCGAGACCUAUCUACGAUCCCACAGGUGUGCCUGCAAAGAGCUUUGAAGGAAAUGGGGCCGCUACCCCAGAAAGGGACAACUGUCUUCUAUUUGGCGUAAGGAACAUGUCUGCAGACAUCACCGAUACUGCAGCAGGAGAGUAUGUUCCAGCGACCAACGAUAUCCCGCUUUUCUUCUAA